UUCCGCAUACCGCAGAUUCACACACACACACACACACACACACACACACACACACACACACACACACACACACGUACAACCUCAUCUAUACACUAGUACGCACCCGCGCAUUUUUGCGGAGCUAUGCAUCCGCGGUGCGCGCUCUCCCGUUUCUCCUCACUAUUUCCUCACUGAUCAAUGUAUAGGCCUGUAUUGAUCACCUCCGCCCUGGCCUAGGUUAUGAUUCAUUUUUCAUUACUCUGAUAUGCUAAUCCAAAUUCUCAGUAGCGGUGUUUGCUGGAGCUGAGAGGGCGAGAGAGAGCGCGAGAGAAGGAGAGGGGGGAGAGAUGAGAGGACGCGCAUCAUCAGAUGUUUAGCAGCAGAUUCACUGUCGCUCCUCGCCAUCAUUUCUGCUGUGCGCUUUUUGGUCCCUCCUCCCCUCCGUCGGCCGGGUUCGUGACAUUUUGCGGCUCUCGAUGUUGUAAUCCGGGGGAAUAUGUGAAGAUCAUGCUGGCGGUGUGGUGCUUCAUGGUCUUUGCUGCAGUGGGCGACAGGCUUGCGGUCUCAGGUGUGUCCAGGAGCCUGGAGCAGGAUGGAGGCAUCUGGGACUGGUUUACCCCGGCAGGGCAGUCCGACAGCGAGGACACUGCCUCCAAGAUUGUCUAUCCAAAACGGCUGGUGCAGCAGAUCGAGUCAGAGGAGGAAAUGGCUCAUGACCACUUGGAUACCAGGGUGAAGAACAACACUGGGAACACCUUGCCUGUCCACUUGGCCCAGAGCUGUUUCCAAGUGGAAGCCUUUGGACACACCUUCACUCUGGAUCUGGAGCUAAACCAUCACCUUCUGUCUUCAGAAUAUGUGGAGCGGCACUUUAACCAGGAUGGCAGACCCUCACAGUCAGUGGGAGGGGAACACUGCUACUACCAGGGAAGGUUAAGAGGUUUACCAGAGUCCUGGGCAGCUCUCUCCACCUGCCACGGCCUGUGUGGCAUGUUCUCUGAUGGCCUCUUCUCUUAUGGGAUUGAGCCCAUACAGAAUGGAAGCAAUCAGAAUGAUGGUGCUCACUUAAUCCGCAGGAUGCCUGAUAUCAGACUUUCCCCCCGCUGCCCAGACUGUACAGAGGACAGUGAGUGGGAUAGCACAGGAGGUGAUGGUGAUGAUGAUGACGACAGACCAGACCAAAUGAGGGAGCAGCAGGUGUCUGGGGGGCUGAGGCGAUCCAAGAGAUAUGCCCGCAAGCCCUCGGUCCAGACUGAGACCAAAUAUAUUGAGUUGAUGGUGGUCAACGACAACGACAUGUUUGUACAGCUGCGUCGCUCUAGCAGCCAAACCAAGAACUUUGCCAAAGCAGUGGUCAACAUGGCAGAUGCGAUCUACAAGGAACAGUUGAACACAAGGAUCGUGCUGGUUGCCAUGGAGACCUGGAUCUCUAAAAAUAUGAUGCCAGUAGUGGAAGAUCCAUUGAUAACGCUGCAGAACUUCAUGAAAUACAGGAAGGACAACAUCAAAGAUCAGAGUGACGUCGUCCAUCUUUUCUCAGGGCGCACAUUUCACAGUAGCCGCAGUGGGACGGCCUACACAGGAGGAGUGUGCUCUCUAACACGGGGAGGAGGCAUCAACGAGUAUGGGAAUGUAGGAGCAAUGGCCAUCACUUUGUGCCAGAGUCUCGGCCAGAACGUCGGUAUGAGGUGGAAUAACAUCCGCAACUCUGCAGGAGACUGCAGGUGCCCAGAUGCUUGGUUGGGCUGCAUCAUGGAAGACACGGGAUAUUAUCUGCCCAGAAAGUUUUCUCGCUGCAGUGUAGAUGAGUACAUCCAGUUCUUGCUCCAGGGGGGCGGGAGCUGCCUGUUCAACAAGCCAAACAAGCUGUUGGACCCUCCAGAGUGUGGGAAUGGCUUCGUGGAGCCAGGAGAAGAGUGUGACUGUGGAUCCCAGGUGGAGUGCGCCCGUAGCGGAGGGGCCUGCUGUAAAAAGUGCACACUUACCCAUGAUGCCAUGUGCAGUAAUGGACUCUGCUGCAGUAGUUGUAAGUAUGAGCGGAGAGGCGUGGUGUGUCGAGAGGCUGUGAACGACUGUGAUAUCCCAGAGACCUGCACCGGAGACUCCAGCCAGUGUCCUCAUAACGUCCACAAGCUGGAUGGCUACAUGUGUGAUACAAGUCAGGGCCGCUGUUACGGAGGACGAUGCAGGACUCGUGACGGACAAUGUAGGGGACUCUGGGGUUAUAAUUCAGCGGACAGGUUUUGUUAUGAGAAGCUGAACGCUGAGGGGACAGAGAAAGGCAACUGUGGUCCAGGCCCUGAAGGUCAAGGCUGGCUGCAGUGCAACAAGCCGGAUGUUUUAUGUGGCUUUCUGUUUUGUGCCAAUGUGACGAUGAAGCCAAAGUUUGGAGACCUGCAGGGUGAGGUGACCAGCUUCACCCUCUAUCACCAGAACAAGUACUUGGACUGCAGAGGCGGCCAUGCUCUGCUGGAGGACGGCUCAGACCUGGGCUAUGUGGAGGACGGCACUCCCUGUGGGCCCAACAUGAUGUGUUUGGAGCGACGCUGCCUCCCUGUGGCGGCAUUCAACCUCAGCAGCUGUUCGGGAUCCAACUAUGGGCGCAUCUGUUCUGACCACGGGACCUGCAGUAAUGAGGUGAAGUGUAUCUGUGACAGGGACUAUACAGGAAAGGACUGCAGUGUCUUUGAUCCCAUCCCCGAGCCAACAGUCCCGACGGGCCCAGAGAAGAAAGGUCCCAGUGGCACCAAUAUCAUAAUAGGGUCCAUCGCAGGUGCUAUUCUCCUGGCAGCUAUAGUCCUAGGGGGAACAGGAUGGGGAUUUAAGAACAUUCGGAGAGGAAGAUCUGGCGGAGGAUAAGAUGCCUGUCUGUCUCUCUGUCUUUGUGUCCUGUCUACUCCUGUCUUCCUCCUCGCACUGUGUCGUUUCCACAUCAGAGAAGAGGGGAACAAAAAAAAAAGUCUUCCACUCCUGUCCC